AUGAACCCCAAUAAGCUUCUCGAGGAGCACCAGGCUGCUGUCGCCGAGAUCCAGAAGCAGGUCAAGCACUUCUACGAUAACAAGAAACCGUUCCGAGUCUACCAUGGCUCGACAAGCUCCACGCGUCCACUGUCCUUCAAGGCAGAUGCCAUUGUUGACACCAGCAGCAUGGACCGCAUCUUCCCGGUCAAUCUGGAGACCAUGACCGUGCAAGCCGAGCCCAAGGUGCCCAUGGACGCCCUGGCUGCCCACACCCUCAAGCACGGUGUCAUUCCAAAGAUUGUCAUGGAAUUCAAGGGCAUCACUGUUGGCGGUGGCUACUCUGGCUUUUCCGGCGAGAGCAGCAUGUACCGCUAUGGCCUCUUCAACAAUACCGUCUCCGAGAUUGAGAUUCUUGGGCACAUUUGGCAUUGUCACCCUGCUCACCAUUGA